AUGGCAAAUUCUGUAAACAUAUCAAUAGAAGCUCCUAUCGAAAAUCAAAUACAAGAAAUUACUUACGAUGGACAAGAAAUCUAUCAAGCACCUCUAUCUAUGUCAGAGAAUCUCACUCGGUUAGCACAGAAAAUAGACUUCUCUAAAAGUGAUGAUGAAUUCUGUAAUAUUAAAAAGGAAGGUGAAAGUAGUUCUGAAGUAAAAUUAGAAGAAGACAAGGAGCCAGGGUAUCAGUCUAGCUUAUGGCCAUGGGAUUCUGUAAGAAAUAAACUAAGAAAUGCAUUAACUGAAGUAUGUGUGCUUGCUGAUGUACUGAGUAUUGCUAAAGAAAAAAGGUAUAUGGUGCUUGAUCCAAUACAAGCAGAUCAAAUUGAAAGCCGUCCAAUGGUACAGGUUUAUGGUCGAAAAAAGGCAUUGUCUGCUGCUGGAGCAGUACUUCUCAAUGGUGUAGAAAGACUUAGAGCCAGUGAAACUAUGAGAAUGACUCGUAAUAUGCCAGAUUUUCAUAUAGAUUUGCUACGUCUUAGGCAGAAUUGGAGAUUAAAGAAAGUGUCAAAUACAAUUGUUGGAGAUCUAAGUUACAGAACAGCAGGAUCAAAGUUCAGUCAAACUGGAGUUUUUGAGGUAACAAAAGCACCAGAAGAGCAAAUAGCUCAAGCUAUGAGCAUGAAUGCUACGGGCCCAACGCCCUCGGCCUUGCGCGUCACAGUGCCCCCGGAAUUGCAAGGCGUUGCAUUCAUAUCUGUUGUUUGUCAGAAAGAACAAGAAGAAGUAGUAACAGCAACAUUAAGUUCAUCAGCAUUGAACUGUCCGGGCACUUUGCCCGGCGAUGGGGCAGAGCUUCAUUGGCAACAGAAACUAGAAGCGGCUCAAAAUGUACUGUUCUGUAAAGAAUUAUUUGCAAGAAUGGCAGCUGAGGCUGUGCAGUUAGAUGCAUCUAUACCACAUAUGGUUGUGGGCAAUCAAAUUAUGGCUACCGUCCUCCCUGGUAUCCAGCUAUUGAUAGGUCUCUGUCAUAACAACGGACAAAAUAAUAGUAAUCCAGAUUCUGUUAAGGGCGAGGAGCGCAGCAACAAGAACGAGCACGACCACGUGCUGGAGCACUCGCUGCACCAGCUGUUGCGCGCCGUGCACCACGCCAACACGCACCACCCCUUCCCGCACCCCGCCACCGGCCCGCUCGGGCCCUCCAAGCGCCGCUCCGUCGCCGGUCCAAUGGCGGCAGACAGAUACGAACUGUUAGAUAUGAGCAAAGAGCAGUCUCUAUUGGAGCAGAUAAUCCAACAAGCGCAGCACUUCUUCAUGCGCCGUCGCAGUGAAUACGUGCUAGAUACUAUCGCUAAGGAGGUAAAGGAUCCACUGAUAGUGUCUCACUGGAACGCCCUGAACAGCCCCACGCAGUCCUGCGUGAAAAUCAACAUCAUGGCAUACGGAUAUGACGCAGUGUGCCGGACGUCGCUGGUGGUGCACGUCGGGGAGAAGACGCUCAAGUGCAUCUGCCGGGACGGCAAGGUGCGCCAUCUCUCCUACGAGCUGCAGGAGCUCAGGGACCUUAUAUAUUGCCAGAUCUACCAGCACCAGAUGACGGCGGUGCAGGCGGUGGGGCGCUGCAUGGGCUGGCAGCUGCUGGCCAGCAGCGCGCACCUCGGCGCCGGGCCCGUGGAGCCGCUCGGCAACGCCUCCUCCUGCCUGCUCGCAUCGCCAAACGGCGAUAGAAUGAUAGCAAUAAGAUGCGAGCCUUCAAUUGCAAUACAAGUGUUCAUCGCUCAGUCUCCAAGAAAAGACUUCUUUGUUAGCGAAUUAGUACAAGAUAAAAAAUGGGAAAACCUCGGUGGUGCCUUCAAAGAAGUGAAACUUGAAAAAAUGGAGGGCAAAAAUUUCCUCAACAAAAUGGAAUUGCUCAUGGCGUGUUUGAGUAGUCCUUCA